CGCGGGCUGAGCGCGGCGGCCGCCCCUCGCCAUGAAGCGGCAGAACCUGCGCACGGCCGCGCUCAUCCUCUGCAUCUUCUCCUACCUGCUGGUGGGCGCCGCCGUCUUCGAUGCGCUGGAGUCGGAGGCGGAGAGCGGCCGCAAGCGGCUGCUGGAGCAGAAGCGCGGGGAGCUGCGGAGGAAGUACCGCUUCUCCGCCGACGACUACCGGGAGCUGGAGCGGCUGGUGCUGCAGGCCGAGCCGCACCGCGCCGGCCGCCAGUGGAAGUUCGCCGGCUCCUUCUACUUCGCCAUCACGGUCAUCACAACCAUCGGCUAUGGACACGCUGCCCCGGGCACGGAUGCCGGCAAAGUUUUCUGCAUGUUCUACGCCAUCCUGGGCAUCCCUCUGACGCUGGUCAUGUUCCAGAGCCUGGGGGAGCGCAUGAACACCGUGGUGCGGCUGCUGCUCAAGAAGAUCAAGAAGUGUCUGGGCAUGAGGACAACCCAUGUCUCCAUGGAGAACAUGGUCCUUGUGGGCUUUCUGUCCUGCAUGGGCACUCUGUGCAUCGGCGCCGCAGCCUUCUCUUACUUCGAGGGCUGGACUUUCUUUCAUGCCUAUUACUACUGCUUCAUCACCCUGACCACUAUUGGCUUUGGAGACUUUGUGGCUCUGCAGAAGAACGAGGCUCUGCAGAAGAAGCCCCCGUACGUGGCUUUCAGCUUCAUGUACAUCCUGGUGGGCCUGACCGUCAUCGGCGCCUUCCUCAACCUGGUGGUGCUGCGGUUCCUGACGAUGAACUCGGAAGACGAGCGGCGGGACGCCGAGGAGCGAGCCUCGCUGAGGAGAGCCCGGAACAACAUCCACCUCAAGCCAAAAGAGGACAGCCGGAGCAGCAACGCCAUUUUUCUCCCCGUGGAGGACAGGACGAGCCAGAUGAACCUGAUCCCGCUGGUCCAGGAGGACGCGGAGAGGCAGCGGCGCCAGUCGGCCAACUCUGCGGCCGCGGUGCCCUCCUUCUGCACGUGCCUGUGCUACAGACCCCAGGUGUGCGGCAGCCCCGUGCCCUCCCACCCCGAGACCCUGAGCUGCCACACCAACCCCGUGUACUACAACUCCAUCUCCUACAAAAUCGACGAGGUGUCCCUGAGCACGCGGGGUCAGACCGGCUCUUCCCCGGGGAGCACUUUAUCAUCCAACAGCCCUCGCUGCCGGCAGCACCCCCGGCUGCGCAGGAAAUCCAUCUAGGAGCGUGUGCCGAGCUGCACUCAGUGCUCGAGUCUUACCGUGAUGACAAAUUAAGAACAGAGAUGCCAGGUUCUUCUUACUCUCUCAUUUCUUCUGUUCCUCUCCCCCUUCAGCUGGCAGCCAGCCCCACGCAGGGUCCAGCAGGAGCCUUUAAACCCUGUUGAGAAAUAAGUACUCCUUUUUUGCAGGCACUGAAUGACAUUGUUGGUUUUUAUUUGCUUUCUCCUCCCAAGUAGGUUCAGGCAUUUGGGUCUGGCAAGAGCCCCCCUGGUGUGAAGCCCUGCGAGCUGUACAUUUGCUUUCCCACCUCCCUGCUCCCCAAAGGGUGCAUUGCUGCUUUCCCACCCUGCCACACCUUGGCUGUGGCUGCUGCCAGCACAUGGCUCUGCUCCAUGGGGUGGGUUGCACUUGCUGAGAGUACCAAAUCCAGGGCCCAUGUGAGUGAGCCCUGCAGGGCUGGGAACCUUUAAGUUGUCCCCUGACACUGGAUGCAGGUAAGUCAGUGCCAUGCAGUAGGUUUGCAGCUGGUGAUGGGCAGGGGGGAAGGGGCUCAGCACAUGGGGAUGGCUUCAGGGAGCUGCAUCUCCCAGUCCUUUAGGCUGGCUCAGUGCUUCUGGAAGCUGGAGGCCCAUGCACUCACCCACUUGCCCACCAGCACACCGUACCUCUUACACCUUACUGCCACUGGGAGGUCCUGAGCUGGCUGGUGGGAUCUGUGUCCCACUCACAGGGGAAGCUGAACUCCUGCAGUCCAGUCCAGUCCAGUCUAGCCCAGCCCAGCCCUCCUCUGCUGAGCCCACACUGUGCCAAGGGCAGCCCCAGGGAGAGCCUUCCUCAACCACAACCUUGAAAAGGGCUUGGCCUUGAGGAGACUUUUUUUUUUAGCUAAAAUCACCCCUCCCUUCUCCACCUUUCCUCCAGCUGGAAGCCCAGCAGGAGUGCCAGUUCCUCACCUACUCACAGUCCCUACGAGCCCCUGGGUCUUUGUUUAUUGCUGCUGGGAUUACCUGAGGGGGCUGAUCCCAUCCCCACGUGCCCCCCACACCUGGGAGGCUCUUUCCAGCUGGUGGCCUUUGUCCAUCCUGUCUCAUCUGCAGGAAAGCAGGACUAGGCUCUGACAGCGGCAGGAGCCCUGUUUCACUUUUUUUUUUCCCCAGUAAAGGGACAUUUUCACUAAUGGCUCUAUCUAAAAUACCCUCUGAGGGGGUUUUCCUGAAGGAAAAUCCACCUUUCUUGAUGUGAAGGCAUGGAGAGUGCCAGCGCUGGAAAGGUCUCAGGGCAGGCUUUGCUCUCUCCCUUUUGUUCUGAGUGGCAGCUUAAUAAAAGAUGAAUCCAG